AUGGCGGAGGUAAUCACGACCGUUUUUGAAAUGCGCACGUUACUAACGAGAACAAUCACGAGAGCAAAAAACGGAAACUCCAACCGGUCUACAUGGAAACGGGCAUGGAUAUAUUUCCUCAAAACAACUACUAUUCAUGGCAUCCGCUACGUUUGGAAAGCGCACGCAUUCAGAAUCCAACGAUUGGUUUGGCUUGGUCUUGUUCUCGGGGGGAUUACGGUGAUGUCCUACCAGAUCAUAGAUCGCAUCAUCCACUAUUAUAAAUGGCCGACCACGGUCAACGUUGCUGUCAACUUCAACAACAGCUUGCGAUUUCCGGCCAUUACCUUGUGUAAUCAAAACACGUUCAGAGCCACAGCAGCAGUUGCCGAUGGCCGAUAUCACUUCAUCAAAGAGUUAUUCGGAGGUAACAGGAAUCUCACUGAUUUCCACAUGAACAACAAUAUUACUUUGAACAUCACAGUAGAAAACCUGUACUCUCGAGCUGCCCAUCGAAAAGAGGACAUGAUUGUAAGUUGCCAUUUGGGAACCACACCUUGCUCUGUGGAGAAUUUCACGCAAAUCCUGACUGACCACGGUGUCUGCUACACCUUCAAUGGCCAAGUUUCAAAAGGCAACAAACCUAGAAAAAUUAUCUUUACAGGAAUCAAACAAGGGCUGCAUUUAGUGUUAAACGUGGAACAGUACGACAACAUGGUGGGUCACCACGGCACUGCCGGCGUAAAGGUACUCGUCCACGAUCAGAAUGAAUUUCCGUUGGUCGAUGACCUUGGUUUGGCAGUUCCCACAGGUUCCCAUUCCUUCCUGAGCAAUACUUUAUUUGUGGUAGAAAAUCUGCCACACCCGCAUGGAAAAUGUGACGUGAAGACCCUGCCGUAUUUCCCCGACGUUCCCUAUACAAAAACCCGUUGUAAGAUCGAUUGCCUUACACGUGAACUAGCUAAACGGUGCGGCUGUCGAGAUGCCUACCUACCUAGUGCAAACGAAAGUUUUCACCUGAAGGAGAAUGAUCUCUGUUCGUGCCCAGUGCAGUGUAACUUCGCCAGAUACAAAUCGGCUAUAUCCUACGCCACGAUGUCCACUUCUAAUACCGAUAAAUUACGGAUGAGUCUAGACUCAGGUUUGUUCCGUCAGAAAUAUCUCGAUGCCAGAGAAAUCACCAACAGAUAUGUCAGUAGCAAUUUCAGGAAUUUUAAAGCAAUAAUCGAAGAGUUUACAACGGCAUUUGUCAGAUUACAUGAGCUUUUGGAGAAAAAACUUCGCACCAAACUACAAAUGUUGAAAGAAGUACUUUCAAAAAAGGAACAAGUCGUAAAUCAAAUUUGGAAAAAGAAAAAUUUCAUCCAGAGAUUCCAGUAUCACAUGAUCAGGAAAAAUUUCCUCGAAGGUCGGCGCGCAAUGCAAGAGAGAACGUUGGGUUACAUAGGAAAUGGCUUUCAGGCGUUCACCUUGGAAAUCUGCCGUAACCUUCAAGCUUUGGUGCACAACACGGAAAUGAAGAACGAUCGCAGAGACGCGUUAUAUCGCCUGCUCAUGGACAAGCUGAACAUAGAAAUUGAGAUGAUCAACCGAGGAAUUGGAAAUCUUACACAAAUUAUUGAAGCAUACAGAGAGGGAAUCCCUAUAUUUGGUUAUGUCUUUGCUCGAGUGCCGGUAAGUCAUAACGCGCAUGUAGUCCCGAAGAAACUUUUGAAUGAAUCGCUAUACCGCACUGAGAACUCGAGAGAGUAUGGUCUAGGAAUUGUAGACGAUCUCAAACUACUUAAUCUGAAACUGAUGGAGUUCAAAAAUAUCAGUCAACAGGCAUAUUUCCAAAAACGGUUGGACAUGGAUAACAUCGAAGACGUAAAUAAUUUGAUCUUAAAGUAUUACAGACUUUUCUUCCAGAAUAAAGCAAGUUUAUAUUUCGAGUCCUUGGAGUGGCCAGAACUUGUGAUGAAGAUUAGAAUACGUAACUUUACAAGGCUGUGGAUAAACUUUACUAUUCUGACAGACAGCAUACGCAGAAACGUAGAUCUCAUCACUACCUCGUUAAAGGACGUGCGGAAUAAUGUCCUGCCCGAAUUGCGGAGCAUCGUUACAUUAUGCCGGGCGUAUCUCGUCAAUGAUACAGUGCAAAAGACACAACUGGCCCAAGCUGUCCUGAAACCGGAUAUUGCUGAAAAGAUAAACGCCAUGAAAGUACUUUUCGAAGAGGUCAGAAUCCGAGCACACGCCAUAUUUGAUGACUGGGAAACGCUGGUCGAGACGACGAAUGAGGUAUGGUGGGAAAUUUUGACUGACGAAGACUCACUAGAAUAUUAUGCCUGGGCAGGGCACGAGAACUUCUUACAAAAUCUCUCGACUGUCCAGAGUAAGGAAUGGCAGGAUUUCCAGGCACUGAGAAACGAUACGGACAUUUUACAUCUCAUCGGUAAUAAAGACAGUGACUUUUACUUUUUCAUGGAUAUGUUAACAUCCAACAUGGAAAUGUUCCAAAAUAGCAUUCGGUUGGACAAUAACUUUGUGAGAGAGAAUUUCAUCUUACUGGACGUUUUUUACAGUCAACUGAGUUACGAGCAGGUUACACAGCAAGAGGCAUAUCCCAUCUUUAGUCUCCUGUGCGACAUUGGGGGUAGUCUGGGGCUGUUCCUUGGAGCUAGUGCUUUGAGCAUAUUUGAGGUCGUAGACCUGAUUGUCAGUCACUUGUAUCAUCUUAUACUUGGCACCCGCAGAUCCUAA